AUGGGCUGCUGCUGCAGCUCGGACUACGACGAGGACUGGAUCGAGAACAUCGACAUUUGUGAGCACUGCAAUUAUCCCAUCGAGCCCGACAGCAAGCGCCAGGUGAGGAGGGGGCGAGCAGAACCCCUGUCCCCCCAUCCCAGAGACCCGCUGGUGUCCUACGAGGCCACAUCUCCGCCAUGCUCCCCCCUGCAAGAUAAGCUGGUGGUGGCCCUGUACAACUAUGAGCCCAAGCACGACGGGGACCUGGGGCUGCGGAAGGGCGAGAAGCUCCGCAUCCUGGAAGAGAGUGGGGAGUGGUGGAAGGCGCAGUCGCUCACCACUGGCCAGGAGGGUUUGAUCCCCUACAACUUUGUGGCCAUGGUGAACAGCCUGGAGCCCGAGCCGUGGUUCUUCAAAAACAUCAGCCGUAAGGAUGCGGAGCGGCAGCCCCUGGCGGCGGGCAACACACACGGCUCCUUCCUCAUCCGGGAGAGCGAGACCUCCCACGGCUCCUACUCACUGUCGGUGAGGGACUUUGACCAGAACCAGGGUGAGACGGUGAAGCACUACAAGAUCCGCAACAUGGACAACGGGGGGUACUACAUCUCCCCCCGCGUCACCUUCAGCAGCUUGCAUGAACUGGUGGAGUAUUACACACGCAGCUCUGACGGGCUGUGCACCCGCCUCGGCAAGCCCUGCCGGACCCAGAAGCCGCAGAAACCGUGGUGGCAGGACGAGUGGGAGGUGCCGCGAGAGUCCCUGAAGCUGGUGGAGAAGCUGGGAGCCGGGCAAUUUGGAGAAGUCUGGAUGGGCUUCUACAACGGCCACACCAAGGUGGCCAUCAAGAACCUGAAGCAAGGCAGCAUGUCACCCAGUGCCUUCCUGGCGGAGGCCAACCUCAUGAAGAACCUGCAGCACCCGCGGCUGGUGCGGCUUUAUGCCGUGGUGACGAAGGAGCCCAUCUACAUCAUCACCGAGUACAUGGAGAAGGGUGAGGGCACCCAGGCGCUGCCCACCGUGGGUGGGGCUGGGGCUGCCCUGCUCAGGCUGGUGGCUGUUAAUUGCAAUUACUCUGUCCCACAGAUCGCCGAAGGCAUGGCUUUCAUCGAGGCCAAGAACUACAUCCACCGCGACCUGCGGGCUGCCAACAUCCUCGUGUCAGACACCCUGUGCUGCAAAAUCGCCGACUUCGGGCUGGCCCGCCUCAUCGAGGACAACGAGUACACGGCUCGCGAGGGGGCUAAAUUCCCCAUUAAGUGGACGGCGCCGGAGGCUAUUAAUUACGGAACGUUCACUAUCAAGUCCGAUGUCUGGUCUUUUGGCAUCCUGCUCACAGAGAUCGUCACCUACGGCCGGAUCCCGUAUCCAGGGAUGACCAACCCCGAGGUGAUACAGAACCUGGAGCGCGGCUACCGCAUGCCGCAGCCGGACAACUGCCCGCAGGAGCUGUACGAACUGAUGAUGCAGUGCUGGAAGGAGAGGCCCGAGGAACGUCCCACCUUCGAGUACAUGAAGAGCGUGCUGGAGGACUUCUUCACCGCCACCGAGGGCCAGUACCAGCAGCAGCCCUGA